AUGCGGAAGGUCCCUCUACCGGAGAGCGACUCAGACCACAUGCACCGCUGCGCCAUGUGUGCCAUGCUGCUAACGCAGCCACCCGACCCGCGGGACGACUACACCGCCCCGGAAGCGGCGAAGUUCCACCCGGGGAAGGUGGACGCCACGCGGCUCCUGCGCAUGGCAGUCAGCCACGACCUCUGCGAGGCCCUGGCAGGGGACAUCACGCCCUACUGCAACCCGACCCUGGUGGCCUCCAAGCACGAGAAGGAGAAGGAGGCCAUGCAGGCCAUCCGGAAGGUGGUUGGGGAUCCAUUGGGACAAGAGCUUUUCGAGCUGUGGGCCGAAUACGAGGAGCUGAAGACGGUGGAGGCGAUCUACUGCAAGGACAUCGACAAGUUCGAGAUGGUGGUGCAGGCCUACGAGUAUGAGAAAGAGCACCUCAAGCCCCUGAAGGACGUUCCGGGUGCCAAGACUCCGCUCACCAACUCAGUGGGUGCGGAGAAGGACCUACCCACCGUCUGCGAGGAGCCCUUGCGGCGCUUCUUUAUCUCCACCAACCAGGCCAUGGCCACCCCGCUCUUCCGUCGUCUGGAUCAGGAGCUCCGCACCCGGCGCGAGGCAUUGCUCCAGGAGCGAGGAUGGGGCGUGACAGACCCUGAGCGGCAACAGCCGCGGACGCAGGGAUAG